UCGUCAAUUCACACAAGAUGCUCAGUAAGAGCCAUUGCAGAGAGAUCGCUUCCUGUCCUACCUGCACUUCCUAACUAUUCGCGGGCAAUCAGCCCUAUCACGGCUCGGCAUUGGCUAUAAAUGGAGCCGCUUUUUUUUCCCACUCUCAUUCAAACCUAAUCUUUGAAGAACUGAUAGGGCAGAUACAUUUCAUCAGAGAUCGGAUAUCUCAAAGAGGUCCCUUCAUGGGAAGAAGCGACCUGCUGGUUUAGGAAGGGGGGGGGGGGGGGGAAGAGGAGGAAACUUUAUAGAGUGGACAAUAUUCCUUUUAAGGGUUAAAGGUGGUCGUGGGAGUCUUUUCAUCAAUUGGCUCUUUGUAAUUCAUCCAAGAUUCAGAUGUCCUUUUUUUUCCGGCAAUCCAGCCCCAAAGACGUGGGGGCUCCACCCUCCACAAUGCUGACGGAAUAAUGAUAGGUGUCAAAUCCCGCAUUUGAACUUGCUGCAAUUUAGAAUUGUACUUCUUUCCUCCCUUCCGGCUGAGAGGAGCCACUGGUGCCCACGAUUACACACUCUGCUCCCGGUCGAGCUUCAGAGAGUGACCGGGCAAGUCGAGUCUCUGCUCGGAACACCAUUCCCUCACCACCGGCUUGUGCAGCACCUCCUACCAUUUUCGAGUCUGGACUGUACAUCGCGUUUCAAAGGGACUUUCUUGAGCAUCCGACCAGCGAGAGGCAUCUUUCCUAAUCUGGUUGGAAACGCCAAACAUUUGAUGAAGAAGCUGCUGGUGGAUUCCCCUCCAAGAGAAAUACGCCAGAUUCGGGACAGGCGUGUAAUUUUCCUGUAGGCUGUGACUGGGGAAGAAAACUGUUAGAAUUCCCAACAUUGGUGUCGGAUCUGGUUUCAGGUCAAAAUGAUAUUACAUUUAAUGCAUAUCUUGUGGAUAUGUUCCACGUUGACAAUAGUAUCGUCACUACACUCAGCACACGAUAGUGGGAAGAUGAUGAGAAUGAAGAUUAAGAGGAGUUCCUAUGUGAAAGGCUCCCUUUCUAGCUUUGUCUCUCUUCCAUGUCACUAUUCAAUGCUGGCCACACCUUCACCAUCCAACCAUUCUUUCCAGGAGUUUCCUCGGAUUAAGUGGACAAAAAUAGAGGAAGGAAAAGAUGGAAGGAUCAAGAAAGAAACCUUAAUUCUGGUGGCGCAAAAUGGUGUGAUAAAAAUUGCUGCUGACUAUGAUGGUCGAGUUGCAGUGCCCAAGCACCCUGAGAGUCUGAGUGAUGCAACACUAACCAUUUGCCGACUGCGAGCAAGUGAUACUGGUCUUUACCGCUGUGAGGUAAUGAUUGGCAUCGAAGAUGAGCAAGACACUGUCUCAUUAGAUGUUACUGGUGUAAUAUUCCACUAUCGGGCAGCAGCAAGCAGAUAUGCACUGAACUUCGAGAUGGCCAAACAAGUAUGUCAGGAUAACAGUGCCACCAUUGCAACCCCAGAACAGCUUCAAGCCUCGUAUGAAGAUGGGUUUGAUCACUGUGAUGCUGGCUGGCUUUCUGAUCGAAGUGUCAGAUACCCAAUCACCAAACCAAGACCUGGCUGCUAUGCGGAUAAAAGGGGACAACCAGGUGUCAGGACUUAUGGAAUACGAGAUCCCAAUGAGACAUAUGAUGUUUACUGUUAUGUGGGAGACAUACAUGGGUUUGUCUUCCAUGUGUCAGCACCUGGAAAGUUGACCUUUCUUCAAGCACAGCUGGAGUGCAAGCGUAGGAAUGCACAGUUAGCAACCACCGGACAGUUACAUGCUGCAUGGAAGCAAGGUCUGGAUCGCUGUGACUACGGCUGGCUGGCAGAUGGUAGCGUACGUUACCCAGUUGUCUAUGCCAGGAGUCAGUGUGGAGGGGGUCUUGUCGGAGUGAGGACCAAGUAUCGAUUCAACAAUAGGACUGGAUUUCCAGCCGCAAACUCAAAGUUUGAUGCCUAUUGUUUCCGAGGUCAGCCUUUAAGGAAAACACCACCACAAAUUGCUUCUGGCCCAAAGAAAGUGCAUCAAGCUGCAACUGAUUUGAUUGUUGAGAAAGUAGAACUAUCUCCAACAUUAGUUAUUGAAGAUUAUAAUCAGAGCAUGAGCCUUGAUUCGAAGCCUUUUCAAGAAGGGCAGAUAAGUACUCAUUUAACCCCUAAAUCUACAUCAAAAGAAGAAUUGACAACUGGAAUUCAUGUAGUCAAAAUUGAUAUUGAGAAACUUGGGGAAAAAGUAACCACACAAAGCCACAGCAUGUUUCCAAGAAUUAAAGAAAGGCCGAGUGAUGAAGUUGCUGUAAAAACAACAAUGGAACAAAGUCCGAGCACUGAAAUUUCCAAAGCUGUAUACAGUGCAAAACUUCCAGAUGGCAAAAAUGUUACUGGGCAUCCUGAAGACAUUAGCCAGGAGUUAGUCAAAGAGACAGCAACUUUAGCUGCCUCAUUUCAACCAUCAGUCAAAGAAGAAUUUCAAAUUACAAGUGCUCCUGCCCACAAGGAAGUAAAAGCUCAGCCUAGCAUACAAACCACAUUGUUUACUGAAAUGGAUAUUGUAGCAGAGGACGACAAUAAGCUGAAACUACCUGUGACUGCCAGUACUGAGAAAAUAGAAAUUUCAGAUAAAGACACCCAGGCUGCUAGACAACAAGAGGUUAAGGAACCCACCAGUGGCACAACAAUGCCAAGAUCACCAGACACUAUGAAAACUACAAUAGAGAGUGCAAGUGAGAGUGUUAAGCUGGUGGAAGGAGAUGACCAUGAAACAAUUUCAACAUUUGGAACUUCAACCACAGGUAAAUUGCAGCCAACUGAAAAAGUUCACAUCUCUGAUAUUUCAGUUACUUUUUCAGAGGAUGAGAGGGAAAAACUGGAACCCAAAAAGGUAGCUGAGAAGGUAACAGUAAGUGUUACUGCUGCAGGGAUUGACGUUAGUGAACCAGCUUCAACACGGCAGGAUGGAAUGAAGAUUGAAGAGUAUGUGAAAAAAGAAGAUAAGGGUGAUGAGAAAUUCAUUACAUCAUCAAUAACGCCAGUUCCAGUGGUUUAUGAAACUGAGUCUGCAGAACAUGGUACUCAGAAAGAGAUGGCCACGAAGGUAACAGAUAAUGUUAGCUUCGCGCCAAAGAAAGAGCAGGAUGGCAAGAAAGAGGUGAGUACCUCUAUAAGAGACAUGGACAUCAUUACAAUCCAAUCCAUAACAACUAAAGAUGGAAAAAUCAAACAUGUUGAAGAAGUUACACUGCCAACAAUUGUGUUAAGAAUUAGCCCACCAACAGCUGAACCUGCAGCUGGUACUGUUGUAACUCUGAAUGUAGAUAGAGAAGUAGAAAGUAGCACAAAAGAUACUGAUCACAUAGUUUCUGUAAGUCAUCAAAUAGAUGCAGACAAGGAAAAAGAACCAGAACAGGCCACACAACAGUUGGGAAAAGAGAUGAGUGUAGAACACCCUGUUACAAGCUCUAGAGUAGAACCAGAUAUUUCUACUGUUGAACGUGAUAGAGAAGUGGAUAUGACAACUCAGCUGUCACAGGAUAAAUCCACAUCUUCUGAUGCACCAGAGCCCAUCACCGCUGAUCUGAGUUCCCAAACAAAACCUAUUGAUGAAAGUCAAAAAAUCCACUUUUCUGUUUUUGAACACAAAAUAACAUUUGAGACACCAUUUCCAGAAAUUGGGGAGAAAAAUGACACACAUGACAUUGUUGCAACCAUUCAAACAUCAGAAGCAAAAAGAGAAGACCAUAUUUCCACAGUGAUAACUCCUCAGGAAACAGCAAAAACUAGAUUGGUAUCUGUAGACAAAACUCAUCCAGUUGAAACAAUAUCUACUGAUUAUGAGAGAAUAAAAGUCGUGCCAGUUGCUACAAAGUCAUUGACUGAAAGUUUCACAGUUGCAAGCUCCCAAGAAAAACUAAAAGUUAGUACUGUUGAAACGAUUUCAUUUGAACAUGUGAGCAAGGAAGAUCAUACAUUGAGUCCGGGCACUGAAUUACAUCCAGUCACUCCAUCAACGUCCACAUUUUCUGCUAAGGUUGAGGAUGAGUCAGGGAAAGCAAUAUCCUAUCACCCUAUCUCAACACAGAAGGCCACUUUAAUCCCUGAGAUUGAAACCAACAUUUCUAUGAAGUUUCCCACUUCAGAUGAUACUGAGAGGACCCAUGAGAAAGUAAGCUCUGUAAUAGUUACUGAAAUGUCACCAGUUACCAAAACACCUACAUUGGAACAAGAAAUUUCCACUUCCCAGAAUGAAUCUGUUCCUGUUACCCCAUCCAUAGCAGUAAAAAGGAAAGAGGAUUCACACACCAUGGAAGAGUCAACAGCUAUCCAAAAGGAAUAUCCCACAAGCUAUCAAACAGCAGGGCCUACUGAUAUCAAAACGGCAACCACUGCUGUUACCACUGCAGCGCGGAUAAACAUAACCUCAACAGUGCCUGAAAUGGUAUCAACAGUCACGGCUCCUCUUGUUGAAGUUAGACCUGGUACAGGUACUUCUAAGACUGAUCAUGAAAUAAAAACUUCAGCGAAACCUAAGCGUGUGGAAAUGAGUGCAACUCCAAUUAUUAUUGAAAAUGAGCCUGGUGAGACGACAGCUGAAGAGGUUGUCAUUAUUGAUGAAUCAGGUACACAGCCUCCUGAUAUCUUGGAGGUUGAUAUGACUGGUACAGCCUCACAACCUGACAUCGAUCAUGAAUAUUUCACAAUGCCGUCAUCCAGAACUAGACUGGUUUCAGCAACUUCUAAACCUUCUGUUGCACAGAAAGUAGCUACUCAAAGGGCUGUGGAAAGUUCAACAUUUCCCACUGUUUCAUCAUCAACCACAGCUUUUCCAAGUUCAGUAGAUACUGAGGAGAAGCAUCAGCAGCUUCUGACAGUUGAAGAAAAGUUAAUUGCUAAUAUGACUGCGCAGAAGAAAAUACCAACUGAUCAAGGGCUUGAACCUGAAGAACUUGAAACUGGGAAAAGCACUUCUACUGAAUCAAUGUCAUUACUACAUCAUCAAUCAACUAAAGACAUGACAUCUCAAAUGUUUAACAAGAUCAAUAUAUUACACAUUCACAUUCAUCAAGUGGAUGAUGAUAGGAUAGAAGGCAGUGGAAACUUUGGCUUGUUUCCAUCUUUUUCUGGACAACAAGCACCAACAGCAGGUACAGGAGAGGAUGUGCCUCCAUCACCCAGCUUUCUUAUUGGCAAGAGCCGAAUGGAAUUUGAUCCCCCAUGUGAGACACCAAAUGGAGAGGAAGCAAAGGGUGGCCAACUGGAAAGCGUAUCACCUGCUCUAAGACCAAUAUCAGAUAUGGAUAUUAUUCAAACACACGAUGAUAGUAAGCCUCAUUUAAUAACUGGAAUUACUGGAACACAGGAACAAGAAAUCACUAUUGAGAGUAUGGAAACUGUUUCUACUAGUAAAGAACCUGAAAUUCUAGGCAUUACAAAAGAAGCAACUAAAGUUCAUUCUGGGGUAGAACAUGACAAAGACUGGAUCAUCUCUUCACUCACAGAGGAUUAUGCCCAUUCAACCAGAGGCACUCAAGAGAAAGAUGAUGAGCUUUCAGCAAUGGAUCAGUUGAGAGACAAGCAUCAUUUGGCUGUUACAACUGCAUCAAAGGAAACUGCUUCCCGAACAAUUGAAGUAGAGGUCACAACAACAGAUACAAAAACAGACAUCUUGCCAACAGAAGGGUCAUCAGCAGAAAUCAUUGUUCCAACAUUUAGAGCAGAAAAGAGAUUGGAGUCCACUGAGAGUGAAGAUAGCAAAUCACUGGAAGUAUUCAGCACUGAAAAAGAGGUUGAGAGUUCGAGUGAAGAACGUGAAAUAAUUAGCCGUGUAGAUUCUGAUGCUGUCAAAGAAGCAACAACAAAAACAGUUAUUUUGAGGAAACCGGAAACAGGUUCUGAUGUUUCAGAAAAAAGACCAAAACUAGAAACUGCAACCCUGACUGAAAUGUAUACAGGCACUUUGCCCAUAUCUACUCCAAUUACAGUCACUGAGAGUAUCAGUAGAGAAAGGAUUAGCUCUGUGUCAGACGUUACGGUAACUGUAUCCAGUACCAUUGGAUCAUUCCGAAGUGAGGGACGGCAGACUGAUGAUGUUACACCGGGAACUGACAGAGAGGUUGGAGUACUCACUCUGGCAACAAUGAAACCAACCACAAGGAUAGAAAAACUGACAGAGAAAACACACACUGAACUUACUGAAAAACCCAGAGAAACACUACCACAAUUCACUCCAUCUUUAGAUAUUAAAAGCCCAAGUGAAGGAACAUUAACCAGUAAAGAACCAGUAAGGUCAGUUCCAGACCUUUCUGCUUUAGAAAUGAGCAGCCAUGUACUUGCAGUGACAAGCGAAACCCAUCUGACAGCCAUUCCAGCUACACAGGAUGAGGAAGCUGGAAUAUCCACAUCUGAAUCACCGGAGACAAAAGCAUUUGCAAAAUUACAUACAGGGCGAGCAGACAAACCUGCAGCAACCUCUCAGGUUCAUCAGGAAGAACACGUUGAUGAAUCAGUUUCAGUGCCAACUCAAGCAGGGAAUAUCACACCAGCAAUUAAAGAAAUAUCUCAAGAAUCCAUAACUGAAGCUUCAAAAGUGACAAAGGAAAUUAAACAGCAGCCAGAAAAGGACGUUGAGCCAAGAGAUAAAUCUCCAGCAACUGAAAAAAUCACAACAGGUCAGGGUUUACAGAAAUCAACACAAUUUGUGGAUAUGGAGAGUUCAGGUGAAGGAAUAGAGAAGCAAGUUGUUGAUGUUUCCAGGUUGACCAGCCAUGUGGUUCCAGUGAAGAUUAAGGCUGAAGAGAAGGUAACUGUUGAUACAUUAGAUUCAUUCACAACAAAAGCAAUAGAUCUUCAAUUUCCUCAAGUCACUGUAACACCAAGGAUGGAAGAAAAGUCUCAGGAAUCAACAUCAGGAGCAAUAAAAAUAAUCACAGAGAUCAAAGAGAUGCCGGGAGCAAUAAUGGAAACUUCUGAACAAUCUCCUGCAAUUGCUGAAACCACAGGAACGGAGAAAGAUUCACAGAAACAAACGCCGUUCACAGAUAGCGAGAGUUCUGGUGAAGGAGAAACAGUCAAAGUUUUUCCAGAUGUUUAUACUGUAGAAACCAGCACAUAUGUAGCUCCAGUGACAAGGACAAUCUCAGUAGAGACAGAAUCUGUUCAUAAAGCUGUUACGGCUGGACGUGACAGAGAGGCUGGACUGACUGCAUCAGGAUCCCCAGAGACAAAGUCAGAAAUAAUAAAAUUGUCAGUAAAAGUGGGUACAGACCGAGCAGACAAAUCUUCAGCAACACCUCUGGUUGAGGAGAAACCUGCUGAUGCAUUGGUUUCAGCCAUAACAAAAGAAUUGGAGACGCCAGGUCUCCGUAUCACUGUUACACCAGUAAUCAAAGUAGUGCCUCAAGAAACCACAACAGAAACUACAGAAAUGACAAAGGAAAUGAAACAGCAGCCAGAAAGGGGCAUGGAGCCUGUCGAUAAAUCUCCAGCAACUGAGGAAAUCACAACAACUGAUCAGGAUUUACAGAAGUCAACACAAUUUGUGGAGAGUUCAGGAGAAGGAACAGAGAGGCAAGUUGUUGAUGUUUCCACAAUGAUCAGCCAUGUGGUUCCAGUGACAAGGAAAAUGCAUUUGGAAGGAGAAUCUCUACACACUAUUAUGACAGCUACACAUGAAAGAAUAAAAGUGAUCACAGAGAUCAAAGAGAUGCCGGGAGCAAUAAUGGAAACUUCUGAACAAUCUCCUGCAAUUGCUGAAACCACAGGAACUGAGAAAGAUUCACAGAAACAAGCUCUGUUCACAGAUAGCGAGAGUUCUGAUGAAGGAGAAACAGUCAAAGUUUUUCCAGAUGUUUAUACUGUAGAAACAAGCACACAUGUAGCUCCAGUGACAAGGACAAUCUCAGUAGAGACAGAAUCUGUUCAUACAGCUGUUACGACUGCACAUGACAGAGAGGCUGGACUGACUGCAUCACGAUUACCAGAGACAAAGGCAGAAAUGGUAAAAUUGACAGUAAAAGUGGCGACGGAACGGACAGAUAAAUCUCCAGCAACACCUGUGGCUGGUGAGGAGGAAACUGCUGAUACAUUUGUUUCAGUCACACCAAGAGAAUUGGAAACGCCAGGUUCCCGUAUCACUGUUACACCAGUAAUCAAAGUAGUGCCUCAAGAAACCACAACCGAAACUACAGAAGUGACAAAGGAAAUGAAACAGCAGCCAGAAAGGGGCAUGGAGUCUGUCGAUAAAUCUCCAGCAACUGAGGAAAUCACAACAACUGAUCAGGAUUUACAGAAGUCAACACAAUUUGUGGAUAUGGAGAGUUCAGGAGAAGGAACAGAGAGGCAAAUUGUUGAUGUUUCCACAAUGAUCAGCCAUGUGGUUCCAGUGACAAGGAAAAUGCCUUUCGAAGGAGAAUCUCUACACACUGUCAUGUCAGCUCCACAUGAAAGAACGGCAGAAACACCCACAUCUGGAUUACUGGAGACAAAACCAGAAAUGGGAACGCUGUUGGUAACAGUGCCUAUACAGCGGACAGACAAACCUUCAGCUACAAUUAAGGCUGAAGAGAAAGUAACUGUUGAUACAUUAGAUUCAUUCACAACAAAAGCAGUUCGAUUUCCUCAAGUCACUGUAACACCAGGGAUAGAAGAAAAGUCUCAGGAAUCAACAUCAGGAGCAAUGAAAGUGAUCACAGAGAUCGAAGAGAUGUCAGGAUCAAUAAUGGAAACUUCUGAACAAUCUCCUGCAAUUGCUGAAACCACAGGAACUGAGAAAGAUUCACAGAAACAAACUCCGUUCACAGAUAGUGAGAGUUCUGGUGAAGGAGAAACAGUCAAAGUUUUUCCAGAUGUUUACACUGCCGAAACCAGCACAUAUGUAGCUCCAGUGACAAGGACAAUCUCAGUAGAGACAGAAUCUGUUCAUAAAGCUGUUACGGCUGGACGCGACGGAGAGGCUGGUCUGACUGCAUCAGGAUCCCCAGAGACAAAGUCAGAAAUAAUAAAAUUGUCAGUAAAAGUGGGUACAGACCGAGCAGACAAAUCUUCAGCAACACCUCUGGUUGAAGAGAAACCUGCUGAUGCAUUGGUUUCAGCCAUAACAAAAGAAUUUGAGACGCCAGGUCUCCGUAUCACUGUUACACCAGUAAUCAAAGUAGUGCCUCAAGAAACCACAACCGAAACUACAGAAAUGACAAAGGAAAGGAAACAGCAGCCAGAAAGGGGCAUGGAGCCUGUCGAUAAAUCUCCAGCAACUGAGGAAAUCACAACAACUGAUCAGGAUUUACAGAAGUCAACACAAUUUGUGGAUAUGGAGAGUUCAGGAGAAGGAACAGAGAGGCAAAUUGUUGAUGUUUCCACAAUGAUCAGCCAUGUGGUUCCAGUGACAAGGAAAAUGCCUUUCGAAGGAGAAUCUCUACACACUGUGAUGUCAGCUCCACAUGAAAGAACGGCAGAAACACCCACAUCUGGAUUACUGGAGACAAAACCAGAAAUGGGAACGCUGUUGGUAACAGUGCCUAUACAGCGGACAGACAAACCUUCAGCUACAAUUAAGGCUGAAGAGAAAGUAACUGUUGAUACAUUAGAUUCAUUCACAACAAAAGCAGUUCGAUUUCCUCAAGUCACUGUAACACCAGGGAUAGAAGAAAAGUCUCAGGAAUCAACAUCAGGAGCAAUGAAAGUGAUCACAGAGAUCGAAGAGAUGCCAGGAUCAAUUAUGGAAACUUCUGAACAAUCUCCUGCAAUUGCUGAAACCACAGGAACUGAGAAAGAUUCACAGAAACAAACUCCGUUCACAGAUAGUGAGAGUUCUGGUGAAGGAGAAACAGUCAAAGUUUUUCCAGAUGUUUACACUGCCGAAACCAGCACAUAUGUAGCUCCAGUGACAAGGACAAUCUCAGUAGAGACAGAAUCUGUUCAUACAGCUGUUACGGCUGGACGUGACAGAGAGGCUGGACUGACUGCAUCACGAUUACCAGAGACAAAGGCAGAAAUGGCAGAUUUAACAGGAAAAGUGGCGACAGAACGAACAGACAAAUUUCCAGCAACACCUAUGGUUGGUGAGGAGGAAACUACUGAUUCAUUAGUUUCAGUCACACCAAGAGAAUUGGAAAUGCCAGCUCUACAUGUGUUUCUUGGAGCAGCAAUUGAAGAAAUGUCUCAAGGAUUCACAACCAAAACUACAGAUAUAAUCACUAAGACUGAAGUGUUGUCAGAAAAGGUAAUCACUAAACCUUCUGAAAAAACUCCACAAAUUGAUGAAGCCACAGAAAUUUCUGAAGAUUCUCAAAAACAAAUUCCAUUCAAAGAUGUAGAGGCUUCUGGUGAAGGAUUCCUGACCAUCAAAGUGCAUGUGAGACCUGUUUCAGAUGUUUUUGAAACAAGCAGCCACAUAGUUCCAGUGACAAGCAAAACCACACUAGAUUUGGACACUGUGCAUACAGCUGUUACAGGUAAACAUGAUACAGAUGUUGGGGUGUUCACAUCUGGAUUAUCAGGGAUAAAAUCAGAAGCAGAAACCACCUUUGUAAAGGUGCAUUCAGAACCAACUGAGGAAAGGUCUGAAAAACCUACAUCUGAAGGAAUAUAUGUGACCACAGUGACGGGAAAACUGCCAGGGAAAAAGUUGAUGGAGCCUUCUGCAAAAUACUCAGUGACUGAAAGCACCACAAAAAUAGAUAAGGAUUUUCCAAAAGAAAUACCAGUUGCAGAUAUAGAGGGUUCAGGUAAAGAAAUGUUUGCCGUCAAAGAACCAGAUAGUCCAGACUUUUCUACUUUGACCAGCCAAGUGGUUCCAGUGACGAGCAAAAUAUCUUUGGAUGCAGAAACUCUCCACAGCAAUAUUACAUUAACUCAUGCUGGAGAUGAGGAACUGACUACACCUUCAUUACUGGAGACACAUUCAGAAACGAGAAAGGUAUUGGUACAAUUAUAUACAGCGCUGGCAGACAGAUCAUCAGCAACACCUCUGAUGAAUGAGGGGGAAACUGGUGAUACAUUAGUUUCAGUCACAGUAAAAGAAUUGGAUACAGCAGUUCCCCAUGUCACUGUUUCACCAGCAAUUGAAGUAAUGUCUCAAGAAUCCACAACCAAAGCUACAAAAGUGAUCAAGGAAAUUGAACAGCAACCAGGAAAGGAAAUGCAGCCUGUAGAUAAAUCUCCAGCAACUGAGAAAAUCACAACAACAGAUCAAGAUUUGCAGAAAUCAACACAAUUUGUAGACAUGGAGAGCUCUGGUGAAGAAAUAUUUAUACUAAAAGAAACAGAGAAGGAGGUUGCUGAUGUUUCCACAAUGACCAGUCAUGUGGUUCCAGUGACAAGGAAAAUGCCUUUUGAAGGAGAAUCUCUAUACACUGUGAUGUCAGCUCCACAUGAUAGAAUGACAGAAACAUCCACAUCUAGAUUAUCGGAGACAAAAUCAGAAAUGGGAACAUUAUUGGUGACAGUACAUACAGAAAGAGCAGACAAAUCUUCAGCUACAGUUAAGGCUGAAGAGAAGGUAACUUUUGAUACAUUAGAUUCAUUCACAACAAAAGCAGUAGAUGUGGGAUUUCCCAAAGUCACUUUGACACCAGGAAUUGAACCAAAGCCUCAAGAACCCACAUCAGAGGCAAUAAAAAUGAUGACAGACAUCAAAGGACUGCCAGAACUGAUUAUGAAACCUUCUGAACAAUCUCCAGCAAUCGAUGAAACCACUGGAACAGAGAAAGAUUCACAGAAACAAACUCCAUUCACAGAUAUAGAAAGCUCGGGUGAAGGAUUAUUAACCAUCAAAGCAGCAAGCAGAACUGUUCCAGAUGUUAUAGAAAUGAGCAGUCAUGUAGUUCCAGUUACAAGCAAAAUCUCAUUAGAUGUCAAAGCCAUACACACAGCUGCUACAGAUGGUACAGAUGUUGGAGUGUUCACAUCUGGAUUCCCAAGGACAAAGUCAGAAGCAGAAACACUCUUUGUAGAAGUACAUUCACAACCAACUGAGGAAAGGUCUCAAGAAUCUACAUUUGAAGGAAUAUAUGUGACCUCAGUGACGGGAAAAUUGCCAGGGAAAAGGUUGAUGGAGCCUUCUGAAAAAUACUCCGUGAUUGAAAACACCACAAAAAUAGAUAAGGAUUUGCCAAAACAAACACCAGUUGCAGAUAUAGAGGGUUCAGGUGAAGAAAUGUUUAUCAUCAAAAGACCAGACAGUCCAGAUGUUUUUACUUUGACCAGCCAUGUGGGUCCACUGACGAGCAAAAUACCUUUAGAUGUGGAAAUUCUCCACACCAAUGUUACCGCAACUCAUGCUGGAGAUGAGGAACUGACUACAUCUUCUUUACUGGAAACACAAUCAGAGAUGGGAGAGGUACAUACACAACUAGUAGUAAAAUCUUCAACAGCACUUCUGGUUGAUGGAGAGGAAGCUACUAAGACUGUUACUUCAGUCCCAACAGUGAAUGUGGGUUCUCACCGUGUCACUGUUACACCAGGAAUUGAAGAAAGGUCUCAGGAAUUCACACCAAAAGCAAUAAAAGUGAUCACAGAGAAAAAGGAACUGCCAGAAACAGUAAUGGAAACUUCUGAAAAAUCUCCUGCAAUUGAAGAAACCACAGGAACAGAUUCACAGAAACAAACUCUGUUCACAGAUAGCGAGAGUUCUGGUGAAGGAGAAACAGUCAAAGUUUUUCCAGAUGUUUACACUGCCGAAACAAGCACACAUGUAGCUUCAGUGACAAGGACAAUCUCAGUGGAGACAGAAUCUGUUCAUACAGCUGUUACGGCUGGACAUGACAGAGAGGCUGGACUGACUGUAUCACAACUCCCAGAGACAAAGGCAGAAAUAGUAGAUUUACCAGGAAAAGUGGCGACGGAACGAACAGACAAAUCUCCAGCAACACCUGUGGUUGGUGAGGAGGAAACUGCUGAUACAUUCGUUUCAGUCACACCAAGAGAAUUGGAAACGCCAGGUCUCCGUAUCACUGUUACCUCAGCAAUCGAAGUAAUGUCUCAGGAAACUACAACUGAAGCUACAAAAGUGAUGAAGGAAAUGAAACAGCAGCCAGAAAGGGACGUGGAGCCUGAAGAUAAACCUCCAGCAACUGAGGAAAUCACAACAACUGAUCAGGAUUUGCAGAAAUCAACACAAUUUUUGGAUGUGGAGAGUUCAGGUGAAGAAAUAUUGACCAUUAAAGGAACUGAGAGGCAAUUUGCUGAAUUAGAUCUGCCAGCUCCACAUGUGUCUGUUAUACCAGCAAUCAAAGAAAUGUCUGAAGAAUCCACAACCGAAGCUACAGAUAUAAUCACUAAGACUGAAGUGCUGUCAGAAAAGGUAAUCACUAAACCUUCUGAAACUUUUCCAGAAAUUGAUGAAGUCACAGAAAUUGCUGAAGAUUCUCAAAAAGAAACUCCAUUUAAAGACAUAGAGGCUUCUGGUGAAGGAUUCCUGACCAUCAAGCUACAUGUGAGACCUGUCCCAGAUGUUUUUGAAACAAGCAGCCACAUAGUUCCAGUGACAAGCAAGACCUCACUAGAUACAGAAGCUGUGAGUACUGCUGUUACAGAUGCUAGGGUGUUCACAUCUGGAUUACCAAGCAUAAAAUCAGAAGCAGAAACCGCCUUUGUAAAGGUGCAUUCAGAACUAACUGAGGAAAGGUCUGAAGAACCUACAUCUGAAGGAAUAUAUGUGACUGCAGCGACGGGAAAACUGCCAGGGAAAAAGUUGAUGGAGCCUUCUGCAAAAUAUUCAGUGAUUGAAAGCACCACAAAAAUAGAUAAGGAUUUGCAAAAACAAAUGUCAGUUGCAAAUAUAGAGGGUUCAGGUGAAGAAAUGUUUGCCAUCAAAGAACCAGAUAGUUCAGACUUUUCUACUUUGACCAGCCAAGUGGUUCCAAUGACGAGCAACAUAUCUUUAGAUGUGAAAACUCUCCACAGCAACAUUACAUCAACUCAUGCUGGAGAUAUAGAACUGUCCACUUCUUCUUUACUGGAAACAGAGAGCUCUGGUGAAGGAUUACUUAGCAUCAAAGACACAGUUAGCCAUGUUCCAGUUCUUUCUUCUUCUGAACUAAGUAGCCAAAAAACUCCAGUGGCAAGUCAAAUCCCACUAGAUUCACAUCCUCUUCAGACAACUGUUACAGUCAGACAUGAUGGCGAGCCUGGACUGACCACAUCUGGAUCACCCAUGCCUGGAUCUGAAACAGAAAAAAUAUUUCUCCAAGUGCUUAUGGAUGUGACAGACAAAUCUCCUGAAGCAGCCUGGGUUGAUGAGAACGUGGAUAAACUAUUGUCAGUCCCAACAAAAAGAAUGGAUGUGAGCAUUCCCCAUGUCACUGUUGCGCCAGCAAUUGAAGAACUGUCUCAACGUGCCAGAACAGAAGCAACAAAGGUGAUCACUACGAUUGAAGAGCUGCCAGUGAAGGAUAUUGAGCCUUCAGAUAAAUCUCCAGCUACUGAGAAAAGCACAAAAGCAGAAGAAGAUUUACAGACACAAAUGCCAUUUGAAGGUUUCGAAGGUUCUGGUGAAAGAUUAUUUAACCUCACACAGGAAGUUACAGAUGUUUCCACUUCAGGAACACGCAGCCAUGGAGUCCCAGUGACUAGCAAAACAUCACUGGAUGAGGAAGCUCGUUAUACAGCUGUCACUGCUGGCCAUGAGGCAGAAGUUGGAAUAUCUACAUCUGAUUUACCUGAGAUAGAGUCAGAAACACAAAAAACUUUGGUUAAAAUAUUUACUGAAGCAUCAGACAAAUCUCCAGCAAUAACUGUGGUUGACAAGGAGCAAACUUUUGACACACUAUUUUCAGUCUCAACAAAUGCUCCCCGUGUCAGAGUUACACCCGCAUUUGAACAAAAGUCUGAAGAAUUUACAUCAGAUUCAACAAAAUCCAUCACUGGAAUGUAUAGUUUGCCUGGAAAAGUGAUUACAAAACCUUCAGGGACCUCUGCAGCAAUUGAAGAAACCACAGAAAUGAUGAAAGUUUACCACAAGCAGACUCCUCUUUCAGAUGAAGAACGUUCUGGUGAAGAAGUUGAACAAGAACAUAUUUUGGUAUCAGUUCAUCCUGGUGUUGGAGAUAGCAGUGAAAGUGAAGAAGACUCAACUGAGAGAACAAGUGCUGGCACAAUGCAAAGCAGAGAAGAAACUGUGGAAGUUGGCUUCCACACAACAAUUUCAUUACAUGAGCAGGAAAGUUCUGUUGAAAUUAUCCACAGUAAGGAAUCACAACAAGAAGGGGAAAUUCAGUCCGUUACUGUGGCUGCACAUCAGGAGAAAACUGACAUGUCCACACUCAAAGGACGAGAGAAAAUUGAGGUUACUGGUAAACCACAAUCAAAACCAUCUGUCGAAUAUCUUAGGCCUUCAUCAACUCCCAGGGAACCAUUCAUAUUUACUACUGAAGCAAGCAAACAAACAGUAUCUUCUUUUACAGGAGAAGAAAGUUCUGGUGAAUUAACAACGGUGCAGUUUGACAAAGAGUUUUCACCAACCUCUGCCCUGAUCAGUGAAGAGUUUUCAGCAAAAGAACCAGAAGUGUUUGCCAGUAGCGUACAUGUAAAAGAAGCCUCACACGUAACUACCCCAACUCUUGUUCCAACAGAGAGAGUAAUGGAUAAAUUUCAACCAAAGUCAGUUGAUAGGACAAGAAUCCAAACAAGUGAUGAAAUGAAUUAUACACAACAAAUAAUUCCUAGUACUGCCAGGAGUGAAGAGGAUCAUAAAAAAAUUGAAGCAUUGUUAAAAACAGUUAAAGCAGAGCUGAAAGAAAUCCAAGAGGGAACUAUAAAACCUGAUGACAAGACAGUAAAAACCAUAGACAUUGUUUGGGACUGGGGAGAUGACCAAUUAUCUGAAGAUAAAAUUACAGAUAGUUCUCUAGCACCUCAAAACAUUAGUGUAAUUUACGUGAAUGGUAAAGAAAAUGGCAUUAGUAUUAUAGAAGAACAGAAAUUUGGAGCCACUACAGUGUCAGACUUUAUAAUUGAUAUUGACAAAAAAUUAGAAGAUGCAAAAGGAGAAAUUGAAAGUAUAAACGUGGAUAAACCUGAUAAGGUGUCUCCAACUCAUUUGCCAACUCAUAACACUACAAAGCUAUUGGAAAUUAUCCAAACUGAGGAACUAGAGCACGUUGUCACUUAUGCGUUGAGUGAUAUUGAGACAGAUAUUGUUGGAUCCGGAGAUCUGCCUUCAUCUUUAUUACCGGUAACACCUGAGCCAAGCGUUAUCAGGAGCACAGCUGCCACAACUGUUUCCUUGGAUAAAAUUGAGAAAGAUGUGUCUGAACCACAGAUAAAAAAGGAUAUGUCGCAAGUAUUUAAGACUACAAUUUUACCUCAACAUGUACCAGUUUCACCCACUGAAGGCAUAAGGAAAACUGUGUCAAAAAUAAUUUCAGUUGAAGAAGAUGGUGACAUACACACAUCCACUGCACAGACUCCUUUCAAGUAUGUAGACAGUCCAAGUACACUUUCAGAAAAAUCAGUUACAUAUCAAAUAGUCAAUGAUUCAAAGGCCCAUGUCAGUGAAGGAGAUAUUCAUACUAUGACAGAACAUAAGGACAUUGAAAGUUCAACUGCAUCCAGUUUACUACAAGAGGAAUUCUCUGGGGAUGAUUUCGUAAGUACUGACGAUAGAACAUUUACCCAUUUAUUGGAUAAGGCUGCCCAAACACAGACUUCAUCUCAACUUGGCUUUGAUAUUACGAACACAGUAAGUUCAUCAACAAAAGCAACUUCUGUGUAUUCUGCUGAAGAACAAGCUCUAACUGUAACAGAGCUGCGUACAGAACAUGUAUCUACUAAUAACUUUACUUCCUCUUCUGUAGAAGAAGGUAUAUCAGUAGAAUUGCCAGACAAGAAGCAUGGUGAAGAAUUGGUGAUGGUUGUGACAAUGGAACCAACCACACAGCAAAUUAAAAUGGAAGAACUCGAAAGUUUGCCUUCAGCAUCGACCUUUGACAAUGUUUCUACAAAAGAAGAAAUUGGAGCAAGUCAGAUUAUUAUGCAACCAACUAUUAGUCAGCAAGAACUUUCACAUGCAAUGGACAAGAGGACUGAGGAGACUGUGACAAAUGCAACGUCUUUGUUAGAUUUGAGUUCAAGAUUACAGUCAGUAGGAAGUUCUGCCACAGCCUCAAUGCCCAUCAAAAUAUUUGGAAAAGAAUCACCUGUGCCACCAACAGCCACUUCCCCAAGUACAGUGGGUGAAAUUCCUUUAUAUGAUAUUUACAUACAUGCUACAGAACACAUUCCAGGAUCUAUGUUGCCACCAGAUGUAGACACCGCUAUACCUGUAGAAGGAGAUGCAUCACCAGCACAGGAUAAUUAUGUCGAAAUUUCUAAAGAAACGUCAGUCAGUGCGACAUCUUUAUGGCCAUCGACAGAGCAAAAGGAUACUGAAAAGGAUAUUAAAGAAUCUAUUAAAGUUACAACAAUUUCAUCCUCUUUACAUGAGAACACUUCACAGCAGCUGGAUCUAUUAGUGAAGCAAGAUCUCAAGGAUACAACACUUCAGACACAUUCAAAAAUAAGUGAAUUCAGGACUCUUCCUUCAAUACCUGCCUCCCCUUCUGUAGAACAGUCUCUAACAGAUGGCACUGACAUUCACACAGAUGUUCCUCCUCUGUCACAUCUUGACCGAUCAGAAGAUAGGAGAUCAACACAAACGCCUCAACUAUUGAUAAAGAGUACUGAUGAUUCUGGUAAAAUUAUUUUUCAUUUGGUACAAACUGAUAACAAAACUGCUGAAACCACCCUGGUGUCGACAGCUCGCUCGAAGACCACCUCUGAAAUUGAAUCUUGGGACCAUAGUAAAACGGGUGAACCAAUGAUUACUGGUGUGCCAGAGGACGGUGAGACUGUUCAUGUUCCAGUUCUCAUAGCACAGGUUAACCCAUGUGAAGAAUUCCCCUGCCAAAAUGGAGGCAGUUGUUACCCACGAGAAACAAGUUAUAUUUGUACCUGUUUGCCAGGAUUCACUGGGGAGCACUGUGAACUAGAUAUAGAUGAAUGUCAAUCCAACCCUUGCCGUAAUGGAGCCACAUGUAUUGACGGUGCCAACUGCUUCACUUGUAUCUGCUUACCAAGCUAUGGUGGUGCUUUGUGUGAACAAGAUACGCAGGUGUGUGAUUUUGGCUGGCACAAAUUCCAAGGACACUGCUAUAAGUACUUCGGUCACCGGCGAGCUUGGGAAGAUGCAGAGAAGGAAUGUCGCCUGCAGGGUGCUCACUUGGCUAGCAUCCUCACACAUGAAGAGCAACUUUUUGUGAACCGUAUUGGCCAGGACUACCAAUGGAUUGGCCUAAAUGACAAAAUGUUUGAACAUGAUUUCCGUUGGACUGAUGGAAGCCCUCUGCAAUACGAAAAUUGGCGCCCACACCAGCCUGACAGUUUCUUUUCUACUGGAGAAGAUUGUGUUGUUAUGAUCUGGCAUGAAGGUGGCCAGUGGAAUGAUGUUCCAUGUAACUACCACCUAACCUACACUUGUAAAAAAGGCACAGUUGCCUGUGGUCAACCGCCUGUUGUGAAGAAUGCUAGGAUGUUUGGGAAGUUGAAACCUCGAUAUGAAAUAAAUUCUAUGAUCAGGUACCACUGCAGUGCGGGCUUUAUCCAACGCCACUUUCCAGUCAUUAAGUGUCGAACCAAUGGAUACUGGGAUAAACCAAAAGUCGCCUGCAUAACACCUUCAACAUAUCAGCGAAACUCACGAAGGUAUUUUCACGGAUUGUACCGAAAAGGAAUGAAAAGUUCGCAAGAACCGAUCCGACACCAUCAUCGCUGGAUCAGGAAAUUUCAUUCAGGGCACUGACUGCACCACUGAAUGGUGGGAAACUGUUCCUUGCUAUUCGAGCCACAUCUGAUCCAAACAGUGCCAUUAGUAACACAUUGGGAUGGGGAAUAUUUCUUAAAAGACAAAGCACAUCGGGAAAGAUCAAAUGGCAGUGUCUUCAAAAAUGUGAUUGUUAAAACAAUUGUAAAUCAUUCAUUUCAUGAUGACCUGAAUAAGUUAAAUUGAAUAGAAGCUGAGGCCCUGUUGUUUGUUCAUAGUUCAUUGUAAUUUCAUAAUUCUAACAUUCAGCAUUUUACAGUUCUGCAAUUCUCCAUAUUGUUUUACAAAUAUUGAACAACUCCUUUUAUUUAUGCGUGCAUAUACUGCACAUGUCUUUGCAGGAUUAUUUUAACAAUAUAAAAUAUUUUAGAGCAUUUUUGCACCUUUUCAUGUCAUUAGUUUUCUGUUUCUUACAUGUGGAAAAGUUACAUUUUUCAGCAGUUUUUGCAAAUCAAUCAUAAAUUACCAUUUCAGUUGUACCGUUUCACUUUACUGGGCUAAUUUUGGCAUAUAUUUUAUAAAUUCAUUUCAUUAUUUAUUGCACUCAUUUGAGACAUAGGUUAAGUCACCACAGUUCCAGAGGACUGUGCUGUCAUUGGAGAGAAAGAUAACUGGGAGUGGUUUAACUUGAGGGUCACCAUACAAAUGGGCAAGGUUGAGAAGGGGGGCCUUCAUGGUAACCUGAGUCAGUGUGUAAACUGAACCCAUGUUGUUAGCCUUACUCUACAUUGCAAACUAGCCAUCCGGCCAACGGAGCUAACCGACCCAGUUUGACAUACAGUAUAUAAAAAAUGAUUACCUGUGGUUUCAGUGACCCCUAGUGGCUAUUUCAACUUACUUUCUUUCCAAAUUUUACAUUGCUUCAAGUAGUCAUGUUCAGGGAUGUGAAGGCGUUAACAUGCUGCUUGUAGUAAUCCGGUUGGCGCACAAGUGUCAUUUUGAUUGCUGCUCCAAAUAUACUGAUCACUAUAAUAAGCAUUUUUAGGUGAACAGAAAAUAGAGGCAGUUAUGGUGCAUUAAUGUGAGUGAAACCUGUUUUUAAAGAACCUGGAUGAUUAAUUGUCUGAUUCAAAAACAUUGAACAUCCUCUUCCUCAAUCGAUCUCUCACUUCUACAGCUACAAGACCCCUGUGUAUUGUAUUUCUAAGGAUGCAAGGUGGGAUCAAGCCCAGAGACUGCAUUGUGAAGCUGCUCUUUAACUCACCUGGAUACAAGCAAUCAGAAUAGCAAGUGCAAAAGGACGCUACAUGACCUUACAAAAGACAGUUGGUUCUUUCUGAGGUCACAAGUGCUAAUAUAUUAACUUUCUCAGAUAUGGCAGCUUUUUGCAGCCCUCACUAACCAUACUACAAUAUGGAGCUGCCUUUUUCUAAGGGUGAAUAUAAACCUACUUUUUUUUGUAAAAAAAAACAAAAAAAUAAAUUAAUUUUUGUAUAUAUAACCAUCUUAGUGCAUUUUUUAAAAUGAAUGUUUAUGUCUGAAUGUGACAGCUGUGUAGCAUAUGUUGAUCAUCACAUAUGGCAAUGUAGUUUAAUUCUUGGGAUUUUAUUUACUUUGAAAGGAUGGGAUUGAGAAGAAAUGAACUAUAUAUUUUUGUAACAUUUCUGCUGUUAACCCUUGGGAAUCUGUAUAAAGCACCACCGGCUUUUAUAAUUUGCACUGUGGGAAAAGAUCUAAGUACAUCAUUUUGAUUCAGAUUUCAUUGCAAUGUAUUUUAUAUUCUCGAGGUCUAAUUAUCAUUCAAAUCUGUGGAUAUGAGUGGAAAGAUUGUAUAGAAACCACUUAGAAAUUAUACUGAGAAGAACCAAAUCCCAUCGAUUUAAAUUCAAUCAUGGAGAGAAUAUGGCAGAAAGAAAGAAUUAAAUGACCUGUAAGUCCAAUGGUUAACAUGUGGUAAGAACAAAGACUUCUUCUGAAAAUGAAACUUAAUAUGGUCCGCAGGAAAUUAAUUUCUGAAUAGAAAAUAUGUUGGUUGCUUCAGCCAUUUCAGUUUCUUCUUUUUAUCAGCAUCAACAAAAAUCACUGUAUGAUUUUUUUUUGCUUUAUAUUUCUUGACAAUGCACACAGAACAAUGCUGUAUUUAUAUUUUAACUUGUAUAGUGUAUAAUGUGAACGUUUGGGAUUUUGUGAAUGAAAUAGUGAAAACCUUUUUGUUACUUUUUUUACUUACUGUGGUUCACCAAAGAAACCAAAACAAAUUUUGAUCAUGCUGUUUCUAUUUUCAUGCCUUAGUCCUACUGAUAGAACUGACUUGAAGAGCAAUAUUAAAAAAAAUUUGAAGCCUUUGGCUAUAUUGCAA